UUUAUUAUGGUCACAGACCAGCACAAAAAAGUUGGGUUUUUUUAAUGUUUACAAUGAUUUAUAAGAUAUAAAAUCUGUUCUUAAGGUUUAACAACACAACAAAUGGAGAAAUAUUACACCUCUACUCUUUUUUAACACUGAAUUUUGUUAACAUAAUUUGGGGGCUGCAAAAGGGGGGGCAUGUACCCAUUCUUGGUUUAUAAAGGUCUAGUGUGAAUUCAUUCAUACUAACAUAUCCAAUUAGCAUUUCAUAAAGUGCAAACUCUUUACUGAAAGAUCUUGAUUAAUGUUAUAAUUACCAAAAGAAAUGGCAAUUCCCUCCUAUUGGCUGCUUUAUUUCAGCUUCUUUCUCUAGAUUCUCCUCCCUCAGAAACAGGCUUGAGGUAGAGAUCAAGGGAAAGAACUCAAAUUAGUUUCCUUCUGUUUCCUGUUCCUUUCCUGCACCUUUGAUGCAGUUAUUCUUGUAUACUUCGUGGGUGGACCAGUAGAUACAGAACACAAUCAGGGAGUAGCACUCUCAAAAACUUCCAUUUUUUUCUCUUUUUGGUAACAGCUGUAUUAAUUUAAAGAUCAUAGCUGUGCUUUUAAAAGCAUCAUUUUCUCUUGACUCUCUCAAUUGUUCAAAUGUGAUGCUUAGACCUAACCUUCUAGUUUCACUUAUCCUGUGUCUAGUGUAACUUUAUUAGGCUGUAGGGAAAAUACAUAUUUCAGUAAAACACAGAACAUUUUGUUCGUAGGCAGUGUACAUAUUUGUAUAGUUGUGGUUCUGAACUUAAAAUACAUUUUAAUAAGAACAAGCUGGACCCUUAUAUAAGAAGUAAAUUUAAACAGUCCCUGGCAUGACCUUAGCUCUGGAGAAUUAUAUUAUAUACAUACCUUGAUUUCAUCCCUUAACAGUACUUAGAAUAGAGGACAAAAAUCUUUUACUUAAGCCCCAGUUUUUUGCAAUACUUUCUUUCUACACUGCUAGACAUGCAAGUCUGUUGUUAAUGGCUGUUGAUAUGUGAUAAAGGAAUAACCUAAUCAGGCAUUGGAUUAUAGAAGUAAUCCUUGAUUUACAACCAUUAGUUAGUGACCAUUCCAAGAUACAUUGGAGUUAAUCUAAGAGGCUUGUGAUCCUGUAACUCCUUUAUGGUACAAACAUUUGGGGAUUAAAGUCCAUGAAAGUCUAUGCCACAAUAAAGUGGUUGCUCCAUAGGAUGCUGCACACUGAGGUUAUAAUCUUAACACUUGUGGAGUGAUUCCAGUUUUCCAGUGGGAGAGCCAUAUUAAGAACUUGGAAAUCCUUUCAGGGCUCCAUAAUUAGAGAAAAUAAUGAAAAAAGCAGCAUCCACCUGCCUUUCUAGAAGUUGGGAUUCUGUCUUGACUGUGCUGUACUGUAAUUACAGGAACUGUAUGCACACAUGCUGGAUGAGGCUGUAAAGUUCACCUUCCCGCAAUCUUGAUCAAAAUCCUUUUGAUCAAGAUUGUGAAUUUCUUCAAUGCAUUGCAAUUGUUAAGAACAAAUACAUUCAAUUGUUCUGUUGUUAAAAAUGUGUUAAAAAGCAAUGAAUUGUACACAGGAAGCUGAUUAACUGGCGUGGAAAAGUAGGUGGGGCCAUGCAGACCACGAACAAAUAUAUACAUAAUACGAUUCUGUUUUUACACGUCUUAGAAAUGCAGUAUGGAUUCUUCCACUUCCAUCCCAUGUCUCUCAUUUUCAAGGCUGCUGAACUGUUUCUUCAGAGCUGCCUGUAAAGCAACUCAAAGACUCUGGUAUUGGGCUUUUCAUUUAAAAAAUGAAACUUGGAAAGUUUCAAUUAAUUUAAGGUAAAACUUCUGCAUCUCUGGGUGAUUUGCCAUCUCCAGGUAUGGUACAACUUUCAGCAGCAUUAAAAGCAGGAGAGCUGCCUCUUGCAGAAAGGCAAUUCUUCCCUGAUCACAGGGUAACUUUGGACAGAUCAGAUAGGACAAUUUCAAAGUGAAUGCUGACAACAUAUUAUGUCAAGUAAGACUCAUUUCCAAGAAGAGUUCCUUAGUAGUCUCUGAAGCAUUUUUUUUCUUUUUAUUCCUGUAGAUACUAGCUAAUUUGAGCACAGAUAAGACUUCUUCAGGCUGAUGUCUGGAAGUUAAAGAAAUACUGCUGGUUUCUUUGAAAAAUUGUGCUGUGUGUAGGCCAUGUCAUGGAGAAUAUGAUUGCUUAAUAGAAAAUUAUAAUAAAACACAAACUUCAGGGCAAAAGGAACACCCCUGCCAUUGAUGACUGUUACGCAUUAUUGUUCAGCUGCUUCUCCAAAGCUUUACUCAUGGCAAUUAUGCUUUCAGCCCAGACCAAAUAAUUUUUAAUUUGAGUUAAAGGUGACUUUGUUGCAGAGUUUUAACAAACACAUUACAAAGUAUAAAUGAUUUGUUUUUUUUUCCUCAUGGGAAGAAAACAUCACUCACUUGGAAAGUAUAUGGUCAGCAUAGAAUAUAAAGGUAGUCCUCGCUUAUGACCACAAUUGAGCCCAAAAUUUCUGUUGCUAAGGGAGACAUUUGUUAAGUGAGUUUUGUCUCAUUUUACCUUUCUUGCUAGUUGUUAAACAAAUAAUUGCAGUUGUUGAGUUAGUAACAUGGUUGUUAGGUGAAUCUGGCUCCUCCAUUGACUAUCCUUAUCAGAUCACAAAAGGUGAUCACAUGAUCCUGGGGUACUGCAACCAUCAUAAGUACAAGUCAGUUGCCAAGCACCUGCAUUCUGAUCAUGUGUCCAUGGGGAUGCUGCAGUGGUCAUGUGAAAAAUGGUCCUAAGUCACUUUUUUCACUGUAACUUCAGUCACUAAAUGAACUGUUGUAAGUCAAUGAUUAUCCUUACUUAAAAUAUUCCUUCCCUUAAUACCAUCCAACACAUGCAUUAAGAUCAGGUGAAGAGUUUAUUAUCAGAGUAGAAUAUAAGUAACAGCUAGGACCAGGGCAAUACAAUUUAUAGAACUACUUUCUUGAGAACAAUUGUUUUGAAAUUUUGUUCUCCCAACACAUUUUAGGACAUCAAAUCCAAUUUCAGAUUUUCCACUUUUCAAAAUGAGCUUUGUUUUAAUGUUUAUAUUUUUUCAAAUAAUUUAUUUUUGAUUUAUAUUUAAGAUUUUUAUUUUUUCUCAUAAAUAGUUUUGCAUUUAUCCAGGAAGAAUUGUAGAGAAAUAAGUGAUAUGCUUUAAAUAUAGUAGGGUAUACAGUUCAGAUCCAAGCAUUUUUAGCCGGGACAGGCUAUAUUCCUUGUGUAAAAUUAUGAAGGAAUACUAUUAAUUAUGAAGCUAAGUGGUCUGAUAUGACUAAAAGUAUGUUCCUUUGCUUCCAUGAGGGAACUGUCUGUGCAAUGUAUGCACUAUACAGUACUGCAUAUUUGGCAUUUCUUCUGGGACAAUUCUGAAACAAAAUAUAUACAGAACAAUGUGGCUAGGUCCACACAUGGUCAGUUACAAAUGCCCAAUUUAAUCAGGUUAUAUGAACUCAACCAGUAUUUUGUUUCUGUGUCAAGGUUAUUUCUGUGUAAGCUUGGUCUGUCUUUUGUAACUACACCACAGAAAAUGCUGUAGUUUCAUCUUCCAAAUUAAGUUCUAAUAAAAAGGGAUGAGGCAAACUUUGAAAGCGCUGAACAGCCAGAAAAUGGGGGAGGCAUCAAUCUAAAAGUUACCUCAAGGUCAUCCUACACACACUUCUUACAUAUCUCUUAAAUCGAAAAUUCACUGUUUACAAAAAGCAUCUAGGGGGGCAGGACCCUGCAGCAAAAUACUCUGCAAUAGUGGCGAAUAUCUGUAGCUUGGGUGUAGGAUAAGGGUGAAGGUUUGUUCUCCAAGCUUGUAAGUUGGUUUCUGCACAUUUCAUUACCAUGCUAGGUAACAUCCUCAGCCUACUCUGUAGUAAAAAUAUUCAGGUGAUCCAGUGCAACUCUCAUUCUAGUUCAGCCUCAUAAGCACAACUGCUUAUCUAACCUCUGAUUCGGAAGGGUUUAUUUCCAGCUAAGUCCAAUGGAAGCUUAGUCUUAAGGGUCCAAGAGUAGUAGCCUAAAUCUGAAAGGAACCGCACGGUGUCACCUUCCUUUCCCUCCGAUACACUCGAAGAACUGCAGGCAGCAACAGCUCCACGAAUACAAGCCACACACAAGGCUGAGAUUUCUCUCAGACCAGCCACUUUCAAUGCGGUCUCCUAGAUCUCGAAUUCAGCGCUGGCUCGUUUCCGCAGAAAUAUCUUUAAAUGUCUUCCUCAAUUCCGGGGUCUUUCAAAGGUUGGGCCUACGGCUUCCGUGCUCCUCAGCCUUCACAACAGGAAAUUGGCGGGAACUGCAGGCCAACACAUGCGCAAGACUCCCUAGAUGACGGAAAGCUGUUUCAGGGGCGUUUCAUUCCCCCCGACCGAACAGAAGGGGGAAGGGGUGUACUCCCGCACGGUUCUUAGGCUCUCUCUAGCGCGGAACGCGGAGGCGUCGCCUUCCGACGUUGUCCCUAGCAACGCCGAGCAGGGCGACGAGUGACGCGCGCCAAGGGCUACGUCGCCGCGCCGCGUCGGGCGGGCGCGAGUGACGCAAGGCGCGCGCGCAGGCCGGCAGGGGGAGGGGCCGGCAGCUUCUUUCCCUUUUUUUCUGUUUCUUUUUUUUUCUUUUCUUUUCCCUCCCUUCUUCCCCCCCCUUUUUAAAAAUUCCCCGUUCCCCCCUCCCCUCUUUUUCUUUUGGCCUUCCUGCCUCCCUCUCUCCAGCCCUCCCCGCCUCGGCGGCCCCACCUGACCCUCGGCGAGUCGCCCGGCCCGCAACCAUCCGCCCGCCCGGAUCCAGGCCCCGACCUGCCCCCGCUCUCUGCUGUGCCAGCGCCUCCGUCUUCAGCUGGGACCCUCCCCUCCCCCUCCAGCCUAAGCUCCCCGGCGGGCGGGAGCUCCAGCCUGGCUGGCUCGGCGGGGUAACCCUCCAGCAUCCCGGCCCGUCGCUCCGCCCCGAGUUGGCCCAUCUGCUUUUCUCGGCGGGCGCUUCAGCCCCGGUGCAGCUGCCCGCACUUGUUGCCGCCCAGGACUUCCUCCUCCCGCGGCGGCUUCUACCUACGCUCUACCGCUCACGUCAGAGGAAGCGGAGAGGACAGCAGGUCCCUCGGCCGGCGCCACCUCUCCUCCUCCCCGCCCAAGAGGAGGGAGCAGGAAGAAGAGGGAAGCGGCAGCACGAAAACACGCCAGCGACGGAAGGGGGGGACGGGGUCCCUGCUCUCCCCCUCCUUCUUCCUCCCUCCCCUCCCUCCCUUCCUCCCUCCCCCGGAGGUAUCCAUCACUAACACUAUACUGUGCUGAAGAUGUCUAACAGCAACACCACACAGGAGACACUGGAGAUAAUGAAAGAAUCAGAAAAAAGAUUGGUUGAGGAAUCUUUGAACAAAACCAAAUUUGCAUCCAGGUCACCAAGCAAAGAGGAGCCUGAGAAGGACGGGGAGGAGAGCAGCGUACGGCAAGAAUCUCAGAAGAGAACAUCCAAUCACGGACAUGCUAGAAAAAGAGCUAAGUCAAAUUCGAAACUGAAAUUAGUGAGGAGUCUGGCUGUAUGUGAAGAAUCCUCUAGUCCCUUUGUGGAUGGGCCUUUGGAAACCCAAGAUAUCAUACAUUUGCACAUCAGUUGCCCAUCUGACAAGGAAGAUGACAAAUCUGCAAAAGAUGGUCCCGAAAAAGAAGAAAAAGAGAAAAACAAAGAGAAGGCCCCCAAGAAAAUGUUGUCUAGAGAUUCCAGCCAGGAAUACACAGACUCCACUGGAAUAGAUUUGCAUGAAUUUUUAGUAAAUACACUGAAGAAAAAUCCAAGGGAUAGGAUGAUGCUGCUAAAAUUAGAACAGGAGAUCCUGGAAUUUAUUAAUGAUAACAACAAUCAAUUCAAGAAGUUUCCUCAAAUGACCUCAUACCACAGAAUGCUUCUACAUCGGGUGGCUGCCUAUUUUGGCAUGGAUCACAACGUAGACCAAACGGGGAAAGCUGUGAUUAUCAACAAGACCGGCAACACAAGAAUUCCUGAGCAGAGGUUCUCUGAACACAUCAAAGAUGAGAAGAACUCUGAUUUUCCACAGAGGUUUAUCCUCAAGCGAGAUGAUACCAGCAUUGAUCGAGAUGAUAAUCAGAUUAGGAUCCCACUGCAAGAUGGACGAAGGAGCAAAUCCAUAGAAGAACGAGAAGAGGAAUACCAGAGGGUUAGGGAACGCAUAUUUGCACGGGAGUCGGGCCAAAAUGGAUUCCUGAACGAAAGCAGACUCGCCAAAGAAGGCUUUUCUUCUAGCUCUCACAAAAGGCGACAGAUCUUUAGGGGUAACCGAGAUGGGCUCAGCCGGGCUUCAGGCAGCCGCCAGAGCAGCACAGAGAGUGAGAUGAAAUCCCUGGAGCCCCGGCCGUGGAGUAGCACAGACUCUGAUGGCUCAACGCGCAAUCUGCGGCCUCCGGUCACCAAAGCCAGCAGCUUCAGUGGCAUUUCUAUCUUGACCCGAGGAGAUAGCAUUGGUGGCAUUGGCAAAGGGAAUGGCGCCAACAGGACUGCCAGGCCAGGUCUCUCUCUAAGUACUCCUGAAGCCUGCAACCAACUCUCCUCUGCACAGCCUGGCCGAAGCCUCUUGCCGUGUGCCGCUCAGCAACUGCAGCCGCAGCCACUUCCACCCACACCGCAGCAACAGCCAGCAAUGACUAAUCACAUCAUAUCACAGCCGGUCCCAGCAUUGCAGUCCUCUCCGCAGCCAGUUCAGUACUCUCCAAGCUCCUGUCCCCAAGUCCUCCUGCCAGUCUCUCCACCCCAGCAGUACAAUAUGGCUGAUGAGCUCAGCAACCCUUUUGGACAGAUCAGCCUCAGCCGCCAAGGUUCCACUGAAGCACCCGAUCCAUCCUCUGCCAUGUUCCAGCAGCCAAUCAUGUCCCAGCAUCCUCAGCAGACAGGAUUCAUCAUGGCUUCCCCAGGACAGCCAAUCACUGCCUCCAACUAUUCUGCCUCAGGGCACACGGCACCAGCCCAGCAGAUCCUCCAACCCCAGAGCUAUAUGCAGCCUCCCCAGCAAAUUCAGGUUUCUUACUACCCUCCUGGGCAGUAUCCAAACUCCAGCCAGCAGUACCGGCCGCUCUCUCACCCGGUGGCUUACAGCCCCCAGCGUAGCCAACAGCUGCCGCAACAGUCCCAGCAGCCUGGAUUACAGCCAAUCCUGUCCAAUCAGCAGCAGACAUACCAAGGCAUGAUGGGAGUGCAGCAACCGCAGGGUCAGAGUCUCCUCAGCAGCCAGCGCAGUAGCAUGGGUAGCCAGAUGCAGGGCAUGAUGGGAGUGCAGCAGCCCCAAAACCAGAGCCUCCUGAAUAGCCAACGAGGAAACAUGGGCAGUCAGAUGCAAGGCCUGAUGGUCCAGUACACUCCAUUGCCUUCAUAUCAACAGGUGCCAGUGGCGAAUGACUCUCAAGCCGUAGUCCAGCAACCCUUUCAGCAGCCUGUGCUGGUACCAGCAAACCAGUCUGUGCAAGGAGGGCUCCAGGCCGGAGGGAUGUCGGUCUAUUACAGUGUUAUCCCCCCAACCCAGCAGAAUGGCACCAGCCCUUCUGUUGGCUUCUUGCAGCCUCCAGGUACAGAGCAGUACCAAAUGCCCCAGUCCCCUUCUCCUUGCAGCCCACCCCAGAUGCAACAACAGUAUUCAGGGGUAUCUCCGGCAGGGCCUGGUGUUGUGGUCAUGCAACUCAAUGUGCCCAAUGGCCCCCAACCUCCUCAGAAUUCAUCCAUGGUGCAAUGGAACCACUGCAAGUACUACAGUUUAGACCAGCGAAGUCAGAAGCCUGGUGACAUCUAUAAUCCAGACACCAGUGCUCAGGCCAGCAGCACCCAGCUGAAUAGCCCUAUCACAUCGCCCACGCAGUCCCCUACACCAUCGCCCGUUACCAGCCUCAACAGUGUCUGCACAGGUCUCAGUCCCCUUCCGGUGCUCACACAGUUCCCCCGGCCUGUGGGCCCAGCACAAGGUAACAAAGGUGAUGGGCGCUAUUCCUUGCUGGGCCAGCCGCUGCAGUACAAUCUCUCCAUUUGCCCCCCACCUCUCUUGCACAACCAGUCCAGCUAUACCGCACACCAGGCACAAACAGGGAUGAAGCAUGGCAACCGAAGUAAGAAGCAAGCUCUCAAGUCAGCAUCCACAGAUCUUGGGACAAGUGAUGUAGUGUUGGGCCGUAUCUUGGAAGUUACUGACCUGCCUGAAGGGAUCACACGUACCGAGGCCGACAAGCUCUUCACCCAGUUAGCCAUGUCUGGUGCCAAAAUCCAGUGGCUCAAAGAAACUCAGGGGCGUCCUGGGGGCGGGGGCGACAAUAACCACGGGACUGCAGAGAACGGCAGGAAUUCUGACCUCGCUGCCUUAUACACCAUCGUGGCCGUCUUCCCCAGCCCUUUGGCAGCCCAAAACGCAUCCCUGCAUCUCAACAACUCUCUUAACUGCUUCAAGUUGCGUAUGGCCAAAAAGAACUAUGACCUGCGUGUGCUGGAGCGUGCCAGCUCCCAAUAGGAGUAGACAGAGGGGUGGGAGGGGGGGCAACAAGCACAUUGGACUGGCCUCUCCAGCCUCUCCCCCCCCCACGGCCCCUUGACCAGCCUCCUUUAGUUCCACAUGCGCCUCCCCCUUCUUUCUUUUGUUUUUCCCUUUUUUUAAUUUGGGUGGUAGAGGGGGGAAAUUUCUUGGAGAUAUUUAUAUGGACAAAAUGAAGAGAAGAGACAUUGAUUUGUUUUGUUUUUGUUUUGUUGGGGGGGGGGGAGGUUCUGUUUUUUUUAUUAUUAUUAUUUUUGUGUGGAGGAACAUGUCCCCUUUACCCCCCCCCUCCAGAACACGUGUAUAUUGUUUUGUUCAGCGUUGUGCCGCGGUAUGGAGCCGUAUUUAAUUGCACAUACAGAUGUUGGCUGGGUAUAUUCACUGUACAUUUUAUUUAAUCUGGGUUUAUUAUUAUUAAUAUUAUUAUUUGGUUUUUAAAUAUAAAAGAAUCGUCUGUCACUUUAAA